AUGGGCCCGUCAGUGAACACUUCGUGCUGUCCACUCUCUGCUCGGGCAGCGCUGGCCAACGACUCGCAGCGCCGGGCGGCGCCUUCCCUCAGUAAUCGGAGCAGCAGUGAGUUCUGCGAGCAGGUCUUCAUCAAGCCCGAGGUCUUCCUGGCUCUGGGCGUCGUCAGCUUGCUGGAAAACAUCUUGGUCAUCGUGGCCGUGGUCAGGAACGGUCGCCUGCACUCGCCCAUGUACAUCUUCCUGUGCAGCCUGGCCGCAGCUGACAUGCUGGUCAGUGUGUCCAACGCCCUGGAGACCAUCACGAUCGCCAUCGUGAACAGCGACUACCUGACCUUCGAAGACCGGGUCAUCCAGCACAUGGACACCGUCUUUGACUCCAUGAUCUGCAUCUCCCUGGUGGCCUCCAUCUGCAACCUGCUGGCCAUCGCCGUGGACAGAUACGCCACCAUCUUCUAUGCGCUGCGUUACCACAGCGUCAUGACGGCCAGGAAGGCCCUGGCCUUGAUCGCAGCCAUCUGGGUGUGCUGCGGCGUCUGCGGCGUGGUGUUCAUCGCCUACUCGGAGAGCAAGACGGUCAUCGUGUGCCUCAUCACCAUGUUCCUGGCCAUGAUGCUCCUCAUGGCGACCCUGUACGUGCACAUGUUCCUCUUCGCCAGACUGCACGUGCAGCGCAUCGCCGCCCUGCCCCCGGCCGACGGGGCGGCCCCGCCCCCACGCUCUUGCAUGAAGGGGGCCGUCACCAUCAGCAUCCUGCUGGGCGCGUUCAUCUUCUGCUGGGCCCCGUUCUUCCUGCACCUGGUCCUCAUCAUCACCUGCCCCACCAACCCCUACUGCGUCUGCUACGCCGCCCACUUCAACACGUACCUGGUUCUCAUCAUGUGCAACUCCGUCGUCGACCCCCUCAUCUACGCCUUCCGCAGCCCUGAGCUCCGGAACACCUUCAAGGAGAUCCUCUGCGUCUGCAACGGCGUGAACUUGGGCUAGGACGCCGAAGGCCACGGGGAGGGCACGCGGCCCGGGCGCCUGGGAUGCCCUCCUCCCGACAAGAUGCUUAGAAAGAUCACGGAGGGCUCAGAGGAAGAUGUACGGCAAAGUGUUAACAGCCAUGAUUGACCUAACUUUGGUGUGAGCUGACAGCCCUUUUUCAAAGGGGAACUGGUGUGUGGCAGCAUCUCUGAGAGAGCCCCGUUUGGGUAAGUGAACUGAUCCUCCUGGUCCCUGGAGGAAUCGGAAGAGCGCUGUCUGUCUGCACUUCUCUCCCGGGCGCCAGGGCUUGUGAAGCUUGCCCUCCUCAACCCUAUGUCCCUGUGCUUCAAACCAAUCAAACUGAAGUCUUCCUGUGCUCAGGAAGAGUAGCUCGGGUCUCUCACAAACAGGCCUGUGAGCAGCUACACCCUCCAGCUGUCAGAGACGCAUACACCCUAAGAGACUGACAUUCUGCCCAGACGUACAAUGUAUAGCAUAGUUACAGUUGUCUCAAGCCGUGAGGCUGUUUCCCCGCUCGUACCCUCACACCCACACCCCAAAUAGCAUGGAGCUGUGACCCCCGUCUACCUCUCAUGCUGCCAUAGUCAUUGUUAUUGUUGGGGUCUCGUGGUUGUUCUUAGGGGUUGGGAUUUCAUGCAUUAAGUCUAAGGCAGCCUCGAGAUCUAAUGGAAGAGAGAAAAUGCUUUGGGUAAUAAGAAGCUUCCUGUCGGUGUUGUUGCAUGUGAUAACCUUAUUUCCAAGGUAUGUGCUACUUUUAAAAAUGUAUGUAUGUAAAUUCCCUACUGUUCCCUUUUCUGCCUUGUGGGUGGGAAGAUGUGUUUUCACAAGGAAUUGCCUCACUGUCGUUUAAAUGGUCUGAGAAGUUGGCACUGCCGUUUGGCUUGCUUGGGAGUUUAUUUUUGGCUCAUAGUAACUGUGUCACUAUCACGUGAUUGCGUCCACAUUAUCUUUGAAGAGAACGUGCUUUGGCUCACUGCUGCAUCCACGCGGCUUGGUGUUAAAGGGAAUGAGCCUGUUAGCAGCACCAGUACCUUCUUUGUCAAGUGAGGUGACUCCCUCCCGGGACCCCAGGGCAAGGUGUACAAAUGUGGAUUGCUACGUGCCCUCUCUGCCUUACCCCAGGUGACUUCAGCUUGUGCCCUCCUCUGCUUGUG